AUGCCAACCCUCCAAACCAAAUCCCAUACACUCCACUACUCCGACACCCACCCCACCAACCCACCUGCCUCGCCAACAUCCCUACCAGCCCUAAUCUUCAUCCACGGCCUCGGCUCAAGCCAGAACUACUAUUUCCCACUGCUGCCCUCUCUAUCCGCUUACCGGUGCAUAACACUCGACACGACGGGCUCCGCGCGUUCGCCCGUCGUCCCCAAUGACAAUGUCUCCAUUGUUGGUAUCGCGGAGGAUGUCAUUGGCGCAAUGGAUGCGCUGAAGAUUCCUGCCGCUGUCGUGGUCGGCCAUUCGAUGGGUGGACUGGUUGUUACCGAGCUAGGUGCGAGGUACCCGGAUCGUGUGCUCGGUGUUGUGGCUAUUGGGCCGACGCAUCCGAAUGAGACGUUGGUUGGUGUUAUGGGCAAGCGGGCGGAGGUUGUUUUGGAGGGAGGAAUGGAAGCAAUGGCAAACACCAUCCCCACCGCCGCCGUCGGCUCACAGAGCACCCCGUUGCAACGCGCCUUCAUCCGCGAAUUAAUUCUCGGCCAACAACCAGCCGGAUACGCUGCUCUUUGCCGCGCCAUUGCUUCCGCGCCGACACCAGACUACGCUGCCGUGCGGGCGCCGUUCCUGUUGAUUGCCGGCGAGGAGGAUAAGAGUGCCUCCAUGGAGGGGUGCAGACAUAUCUAUGAGCAUGUGUCUAGCAAGCUGAAGCAGAUGGAGGUUCUUAAAGGGGUGGGUCAUUGGCAUUGUAUUGAGGCGCCUGAGGAUGUGGGGGGUUUGAUUGCGAGGUUUGUUGGGGAGGUGGCGGUUUGGAGAGGUGAAGAUCAGGGGGAUGUUUAG